AUGCCUUCGUCUCAAGAGCAAGCGUCGCGCGACGCCCUGUCGCGACCGAUGACCGACCUUCGCAUCUCGGUCACGGACCGCUGCAACUUUCGCUGCACCUUCUGCAUGCCGGCAGAGCAGAAGUACGAUUUCUUGCCCAAGCCGCAGAUCCUGACCUUCGAGGAGAUCGAGCGUCUGGCGCGGGUCUUCGCCGGAUUGGGGGUGCGCAAGCUGCGCCUGACCGGUGGUGAGCCGCUGCUGCGCUCGCAGGUCGAGCGGCUGAUCGAGCGCCUGGCGCGGCUUGACGGCUUCGACGAUCUGGCGCUGACCACCAACGGUUGGUUACUGGCCGACAAAGCCGAGGCCUUGGCGGCAGCCGGGCUCGAUCGGGUGACGGUGAGCUUUCACUCGCUCGAUCCAGAGGUGUUCGGCCGUCUGAACGGUCUCGGGCUCGAUCUCGACCGGGUGCUUGGUGGCCUGCGAGCCGCGGUGCGGGCCGGGUUGGGACCGGUGAAGCUCAACGUGGUGGCGGUACGCGGCACCAACGAUCACGAGAUCGUCGAGCUGGCUCGCUUUGCCCGCCAGGGUGGCUACGUGGUGCGAUUCAUCGAAUACAUGGAUGUCGGCACGGUGAACCAAUGGGACCCCGAGGCAGUGAUCUCGGCGCGGCAGAUCGUCGAAGAGAUCGAUGCUGUCUGGCCACUCGAAGCGAUCGGCCGCGAGCAUCCCGGCGAGGUCGCCACCCGCUACCGCUACCGUGACGGUGGUGGCGAAAUCGGGGUGAUUCCCUCGGUCACGCAGCCUUUCUGUGGCGACUGCUCGCGAGUACGCCUGUCGGCCGAAGGCAAGCUCUACACCUGUCUAUUCGCGGCCGUCGGUCACGACCUCAAGACGCUGCUACGCAGCCCGGCGAGUGACGCCGCGCUGGCCGAGCACAUUGGCGAGAUCUGGCGCCGACGUACUGACCGCUACUCCGAAGAGCGCACCGCGGCACUCAAGGCUGGCCGUUUCGUGCCGGCCGAGAAAGUGGAGAUGUUCCGCAUCGGGGGUUGA